ACGAAGCUCUUCCGGAUCUCAGCCUUGAAUGUCCUAUACCGGUGUCCUUAAACGAUGCUGGGGCCGAAAAUGAUGAUGGUGCCUCGUUAGAGGGCUUUAUUUUUUGUUUAUCACAUAAACGACACCGGGAGUUUUCAGCCUCGGGCGCACACAGAUCAAAAGCUGUUCCCCGAGCCGUAGACAGAGCUAGAGAUUAAGGAAGAGAGAGAGGAUUGAGAGAGCUGAAGCUCCUCUCCCAUCAGAUAAUACCACUGGCCCGGGUCGGAAUACAAAAGAGAAACCGAGGCUCCAGACUACGGGAUGUAAAAAUAAACCCAAGCUGAAUAGCGCUUGGGCCUGUGAACGGGACUCGGAAAUGGGAACGGCAGUGUUCUAGAAACGCACGCUUAUCAAUGUCCUCCAUGCGCCUCGAGGGAAGAAGAACGGCCUCGAGAGACACUAUGCAGGCUUAAAAUGGUCUUGGGCGCUGAUGUGUCACCACGACUUGGAGUUUUCGAGCCCGGAUGCAGACUGAUCGAGUGCGUUUGCGAUGCUGGAUGCGCGCCUGGUAUUUCUGUGUAUGAACAUUUAAAAAACAACUCUGCCACAUUACAAUGUGGAAUUCCCCACUUGCAAGAUUCAUGUGAUUGUGGCUUAGGAAACCAAUUCUUCUGCUCACUUUUUGGCCAGUAUCAAAGUCCAAGCAUAGAUCACUUUGGAGUGGAGAAUAAGCUCUCAUGUAGGGAACGAGACAUUACGAGCUCUGUUUUAUAUUUUCUACUUCGGCUGUUUUUUUUGACGGUAACUGUUCUGGGGGAAUCAGGACUCUCACUGAUAGAAAAGUCAUAUUUUCUAUAGUUUUAUUCCCUUAUGCUUCUGUUUUAUGGUUAUUGUAUACCUCUCACCAAAACGCUGUUAUCUGCUUUUUUGUAGUCUGACGUCAUCAUCAUCACAUGCCCUCAUCUGGUGAUGCUUUAAGAGAUACGAGAUCGAUCUGUGAACAAGUUAUGUAUGAAUGCUGAAUGCUCAACUGCUGCUUUCCUGUGAGCUCUUUUCUGUGUAGCGCAGGCUUAACAGAGAUUUGCGCUAAAAGAGUUUUGCCGUCACUUUAUUUUCCAUUUAUCGACCAAAUCUUGUUACAUCCAAGCCAUAUGAACUUAAGUUUGAUGAGACUAGACCUAUUUUUGUAUCACAGUGAAGUCAUAGGAUCAUAGAUUACAUUUAUAUUUUUUUUUUAUGCUUCGCCACAUACGCACUUAGCUAUUUCAUGUUCAUUUUAAAUAAGAAAUGCACCUCUUUUCUUAGGAACACAAUCCCACACAUAUUGUUAUUGUUACCAUGGCUACCGACCAUCCUCACUCAGGUGGGAGACAGAUUUCCGUUUCUCUCUGACCCCUCCCCAUUCCCUGUUUUUGUGACGCCUUCAAAUGCCUGUCGGUCUCAGUGUGGGCGGGGCUCUUGGAGACCCCUCCCCAUCCCGCCGGUUCAAGCCCAGUCGCUAUGUGCCUGUGUCCGCAGCAACAGCCUUCCUUGUGGGAGCCACAACUCUGUUUCUCUGUUUCACGUGUCCGUGGCUAUCAGAGCGAUUCUCCUCCUCCAUUGCUCUCUAUAAUACUGUGGUCUUCCUCUUUACAUUGGCCAACUUCUGUAUGGCCACAUUCAUGGACCCAGGAAUUUUUCCCAGAGCGGAGGAAGAUGAGGAUAAAGAGGACGAUUUCCGAGCUCCCCUUUAUAAGACAGUGGAUGUGAGGGGCAUUCAAGUGCGCAUGAAGUGGUGCUCGACAUGUCGGUUUUACAGACCACCACGCUGUUCGCACUGCUCCGUGUGUGACAAUUGUGUAGAGGAUUUUGAUCAUCACUGCCCAUGGGUGAACAAUUGCAUUGGGAGGCGGAACUAUCGUUAUUUUUUUCUGUUUCUGCUCUCGCUCACUAUUCACAUUAUGGAUGUGUUUGGAUUCAGUCUACUAUAUAUCCUACAUCACACUAAACAGCUGGACCAGGUUCACUCGGGAGUCACUGUGGCAGUAAUGUGUGUUGCUGGUUUAUUCCUGGUUCCAGUUGCAGGACUCACUGGGUUCCAUUUUGUCCUUGUAGCAAGAGGGAGAACAACCAAUGAACAGGUGACUGGAAAGUUCAGGGGUGGCGUUAACCCUUUUACGCACGGAUGUUUGAAAAACAUUGCAAACGUUCUUUGCAGCUCGCAGGCUCCCAGGUAUACGGGACGGUUGAGAAAGCCUCAUUCCAUUCAGGUCCAGCCUCCGUUUCUGCGUCCACCUUUAUCUGAAGCCCAACUAGAAGCUAAAGUCUUGGAUAAUGGCAUCCAGCAGUCUAAAAGUAGUCUGGAAAUCAUGGAGAGCCUGUCCACCGAUGCCGACCCCCCUCCACCCCCAAAACCAGAGCACAGAUACCCUGGGCUGCCUCACACACAAAAUGAAGAGUGCAGUUUGCUGACUGAAGCUCCUCCCACACCCUCAUUGUAUAAAUACAGGCCGGCAACAGCACAUUCCAGCAAGAUGACCCGAGGGAACAGUAUGACCGAAUCUCCCUCAGUCCCUGUCACCACGGGUCAGCCCAGCUACCGCUCGGACCCCAGUCUGUCAAGCCGGGGUGGUGCAGGGUGCCGUGGGGGAGGGGAGGUGGGUAGAGCAGGCUCGGGGGGACUGGGUGGGGCCUCCACGUAUGGAGGACGUUCUUAUCCUUCUUUCACUGACACCUUCCUCCAAUCGGCGGCAGCCUCUUGCUCCUCCAGCCUUCGCUCCGCCCAAACAGCGCACAACGCCCUCGGACCACUUAUUUCUGAGGGUACGACGUCCACUAGCUAUAAGAGCCUAGCCAAUCAGACGCGCAACGGUAGCAUGUCGUACGAAAGUCUGCUGACGCCCUCCGAAAGCCCGGAGUUCGAGUCUGCCGCUCAUGAGCUGUCCCCACCCAGACCACACCCUCCAAACUCUCUUAGCACAGCACCAGGGGCCCCGCCUCUUCUUGGGUACACCUCCCCGUACCUGUCUGCUCAGCAGAGGGAGGGCUCUCUCCAGGCCUGCCCUGCCCCCCUAAGACCCUCCCCCAACAGAGCUUUCCUGCACCCAAUGAGCUCACCCCCUUCUCGGGCUCAGCCCCAUUCACCUCGCGCUCGCUCAUUGGGCUCCCCUCCUCCUGGCCCUGCCCCUGGCCAUACACCUCUUGGCAAAUCAGUGUCCUACGCAGGUGGUGCCGAAUUACAACGCCGCCCAGCUAGCUCAGGGGGCGGGACUCCAAUGCAGAAGAUGACUAUGUCUCUGUGCUAAGUUCGACUCUAAGACACAACAUGGCCAAUCAUAACGCCUACGCGCUCAAACCAGCAGGAGGGGUGAAGAAAGUGACUGGGGUUGGAGGAACAACUUAUGAGAUUUCAGUGUGAAUGACAGCUGAGAAUCAGGAUCCGCUCCGUUUUCAACCUUUAAUCCUUAUGGGAUGGAUGUAGGGCUGCUCGACCACAUGCAAAAAAGCAUUCAAGACUUCCUAAGUGAUUUACAGUCAAACUUCAUCAGUCACUGUGGAGGUCAUCAUGUGAUAACACGGACCAGUGACCGGUCUGCGUUUUGUUUUCUGAACAUCAAUGGUACACAGGUUUCACAAAAUUUCUAAUUUUAAGAAUCAUUUGGUAAUUAAAUGUAUUAUCAGUUUAUACACAGGACUGUCAAAUGAUCUACGGACAUUCAGCCUUAGUAGGCGGGACCACAUGAGACGUGCUGUCAUAACUAAUGACUGACGUCCCAUUGACUUCAACAGAAACCACAGGCCUCUCAACAGACAGCCAAUAGGCAUUUUAAAUAUUUACUACAUGAAUCACUGUUCAUGCUUGCAUAUUUCUCAGUCCUUUGUCUUAAAGGGAUACUUCACCCAAAAUGUAUACUGUUUUAAAUUUCUUGUUUUUCCCAUCCCAAUUAUAUUUUCAAUAUAGCGUAAAAUGUUUUAAAGAAUCUUUGAGCUGCUAAAAAAGUAGUCCAAAACACUCUAUAUGUGCUAUAUUAUAAUCUGAUGUCCUUAAAAUACCUUUGUGUGUCAAUUUGAGUUUCUCUCUCGGAUCUCGGUGCGUAUAUUCAUGUAUCUUUUCUGAUUUCAUUUUUGGGUGAAGUAUUCCUUUCAACUUUUUUUUACUUUUUUAAAUAUUAUUUUAUACAGGUACAGAUGUAUUAUUAUGAGUAUUACGUUUAUUUAGACAAUAGUAAUGAGAUGCAGGCAUAGGAUGUAUGAUCGUAACGAUAGGUGGAUGGUGUUUGUCAGAUUUAUAUGGCUGCAUCAGCCUGAUGGAAUUCCAAAGAGACAAGCCGGGUCAGGGACCUGACAGCACAUUCAACAGAUAGGUGUGAAUGUAUCUAUAAAGACACAUCAUUUAUGUUAUUAGAGCACAAAAUAUUUGUUUUGUUACCUUUUACUAAAGAUAUUGUAUGCAAAAUGUAACGCAGUGUCUAUUCGAGAGCCAUAUUCUCUUCACGCGAGGUCAGCCAAUCAAAAGAGAGUUUAUUUAUUGAGCCAGAUGAUGUCAUUGUUCUGGUCGCCUGCAAGUUCAUGCUUGACGCACAAUCAUGUUGAUAUCAAAACUUAAAUUUAAUCUUUCAUUUUUCGUUUUAAACUUGACAUUGGUUCAAAUAAACAGACAAAGUACAGACAAACAGAAUCACAGAUAUAGAUUUAUGCUCAUGUAAUUAUGGGACUGUUUAACAUGAGCAGGUUUCAACCACCUUUUGGCUCAGCUAAGAGGCGUCUGAAUUUGCUUUGGUGCGGAAUGUCAACACAGGGUGGAUUCAGGUCAUUUGGGACCCUUUUCAUUAAGAAAAAUAUCCAAAAGUUGCCCCAUUUUACCCUUAAUUGCCCCUAGACCUUUUAUUGUUUGUCAUUUUCAUCAUGAGUAUGAUUCAGUCUGCACACUGGCUGUGAUGUGUAAUGAUGCUUAGUAUAUUGCUGUUUAAUGGACAGAAUGCAGACUGUUUACACCCUCGUGUAUUCCUUAUUUAUGCUAUCGGCUUUGUAGGUUAGAUUACACUACACAACGGGAAUCCCAAUUAUUGCCCCCAAGCUGCUGUAGAGGUUGAAUCUGGGUGAAUAUCAAAUAUUUUAAUUAUUUAAUAUUUUUGACAGAAAAAAUGUGUAUGAUGGUACAAAAAUCAAAUCCUCUUAACACCCAAUUAAAAUGGAAUGGGUAGGUAAUGAAAAUGAAGGUCAAGAGUUUGAUGCUCGGUGAUUUAGUGUAUGAUUCACCUUUUUUCCCGUUGCUUUUUGUAAAGCUGCCCAAGUGUAUGAUGUGUAGUGUUUUUAAAGUCGUUUCCAUUUUAAACCGUUGUGUAGUGUAAUCCAGUCUUGAGUCAUGCGCAACAUUUUUAACAAUAAAUAAAAGAGGAGUGAACAAG